UUCCAAAGAAAAAUGCGAUCUUUUGACCCGCGUUUCCCAGCAUUCGUAUUUUUAAUCUAAAUUAAAUUGUAUUUAUCUCAAUUAGUAUAUAAAUAAACCACAGAGAUACUUGUUAAUCGAAUUGAUAAAUUUUUUUAUCAAUUUUCAAUAAAUUCAACAACAUUGUAUGCCCAGUUUUGCUGUUCUAGGGAAACCAGAAACAAUAUUUUUGAAAAUGUGGUGAACUAUUACGUAAAAAUACCGAAAAAUAGGAAAAAGGUGAACAAAUAUGCCUGAAAUCGAGGAAGAAUACCAAGGUUAGGUACUAAUAAGGAGAAGGUCAAGGAGGUACAAAAUGUUGAUGAAAUUAAGGACAUGGUUUAUGACAUACUUAGAACUAUUAAAGACCCUGAAAAACCCAAUACGUUGGAGGAAUUAAAUGUUAUUUACGAAGAAGGAAUAACAGUUAAACCAAAUCCAGAACAAUGUAUAAACGUGAUAAGAGUCGAAUUCAACCCCACCGUACCCCACUGUUCACUAGCCACCCUAAUAGGUCUGUGUAUAAGGAUAAAACUACAGCGAGACAUGCCUUACCCGAUUAAAUUAGACAUAUACAUCAAAGAGGGGGCUCACACGACCGAACAUGAAAUUAAUAAACAAAUAAACGAUAAAGAAAGGAUAGCAGCAGCCAUGGAGAAUCCAAAUUUAAAAGAUAUCGUUGAAAAUUGUAUAAAAGAGGAAGACUGAAUUUAUUUCAAUUGGUUUUAAUAUGUUUUAAAAUUUUGAAUAAGUAUUCGGUGACAAUUUGUAAUUAUUAUUAUAAUAAGGUAAUGAUAUUUAUUAAAUAUAAGUAACAGAUCGUUA